CGGCAAGCUGCUGUAGCGGGAGUCGUGCUUCUUGUGCUUGAAGGAGUGAAGUAGAAAUCGAAGCUGCAGAGAUGCGGUGCACAGUGCUAGUAUCGGUGGCGUUGAUGGCCGUGGCCAUCGUUGCGGCAGUUCCUCGGGAAGGCUUUGGACCAGGCAUGCAGGACUGGGGAUACGCCGAGGUGCGUCCCGGUGCUCACAUGUUCUGGUGGCUGUAUUACACGACGGCCGACGUACCGAACUACGCGGACCGCCCGCUGGUCAUCUGGCUGCAGGGUGGCCCUGGCGCUUCCUCGAUGUACGGCAACUUCGAGGAACUUGGUCCACUAACGCUCGAACUGGACGAGCGCAACCACACCUGGACGCGGGACUACAACGUGCUGUUCAUCGACAAUCCGGUCGGUACCGGUUUUAGCUACGUGGAAGAUUUCUCUCUGCUCACCAAGACGAACGGUGAAAUCGCGGCCGAUCUAGUCGAGCUGAUGAAGCAGUUCUACACGCUGCAGCCCGAGUUCCGCACCACCCCGCUGCACAUCUACGCCGAAAGCUACGGGGGAAAGAUGGCACCCGAAUUCGCGUACGUCCUCGACAAGGCCAUCAAGAACGGCGAGAUCGACUGCAACCUGCAGUCGGUCGGCAUCGUAGCACCGUGGGUGUCCCCGAUCGACUCGGUGCUCUCGUGGGCCGAGUUCCUGCUCAACAUGGGCUUCGUCGACACGAAGGGCUUCCGGGCGAUCCAGGCGUCGGCCAUCGAAACCGAGCACGUCCUGAACCAGGGUGAUUGGGAAGAGGCAACGAACCUUUGGGGCCGUACCGAGAACGUCAUCUUGCGCGAAACGCAUGGGAUCGAUUUCUACAACGUGCUGUUCAAGCAGGACUACGCCUCCACCAGAUCCCAGCUGGAGCAGUUUUCGCGUGAUAUGAGAAGUGCCAUCGCAUCCCGUGCCACCCGACUGGCAACGGAGGAUCGCGACCAGAUGCUGGAGGACCUGAUGCGAUUCGAGGUACACCCGGCUCUCAGCCUGCCCGCCGAAUCGGUGUACGGUGCGCAGAGUGGGCGCGUAUUCAACACGCUCGCCGGUGACUUCAUGAAGCCCGCCAUCGACGUGAUGGAGCUGCUGCUCAACAACACCAGCCUGGACGUCGUCAUCAUUACCGGUCAGCUGGAUCUGAUCGUGGCCACGCCGGGCAACGUGCGAUGGAUUGAAAAGAUCCAGUGGGAGGGCCAGAACAGCUACCUGCAGGCACCGAGAAAUGCGGUCGGCCAGCAUGGCGUGCUGGAGGGUUACGAGAAGGCGUACGGCAAGCUGUUCGUCUACUGGGCGCUCCGUGCCGGACACAUGGUUCCGGCCGACAACCCCAUCCUGAUGGACUACAUCCUCCAGAAGCAUGUACCGGUUGUGUAACUCCAAACUCUCUGUCCGAACAAACAUGGAAUUGCGUUAGUUUGCAAAUAAAAACGAAUGUGCUUGUAGCAG